AUGGCCGCCGCUAUAGCCCGAUCAAUCCUGUCCGUCCGAUCGAUCGGUGCCACAGCUUCUCUUCUCCUCCAGAAACGCCUCUUCUCUUUCUCUAUUUCCAAAACCGGUUACGUCCGCCCCGGAACAGGGCCCGUUUAUUCCACCCGCUCUGUCGCACCAGCUGCCUUAUCCCACUCCCUGCUGGUUACUUCUCCUAACUUGACCCGGUACAACACUGUCAGAUGCCGAGUCAAUCGGUCCGGCUCUUCUUACUCGCCGCUGAACUCGGGGUCGAACUUCGGUGACCGACCACCCACGGAAAUGGCCCCGCUUUUCCCCGGAUGUGAUUAUAAACACUGGCUUAUUGUCAUGGAUAAGCCUGGUGGUGAAGGGGCGACUAAGCAGCAGAUGAUUGAUUGUUAUAUUCAAACGCUUGCUAAAGUUGUUGGAAGCAUGGGAGAAGGUGGAGAAGGGCUGGCAAUUGCUCCAAUUCUUACCGGAAAAAUGGAGAUGGUGGUUGUGGCUUGUCGCAAUUACAGUUCUUGGAGAGAGCAAAUUCAACUUGAAACCCAAGAGAAAUUGGCAAAUCUGUGA